GGAUGGCGAGCCGUCCUGCUUUCUCGUUCGUCCUCCUCAACGAAAGCAAAACUCCGCGAUUGGUCGCCGUGAACAACAGGCCCCGCUUAUCUGUUGGGGACAUAAGUGUAACAAGAAGUUCCGGCCGCGUGUCUACUUCUUGGUCUCCUUCUUCCUCUUCAUCCUCUUCAGAUAAGUUCCUAGAAGAGGACUUCUCGUCACGUUCUACAACACCGUCGCGAAGCAGUUCGUCUACUUCCAGUCGUAGCCCCCGCCCCUGCAGCUCGUCAGAGAAAACCCAGAAAACCAGCAUCGUUGUAGCUGGGCAACAGCUCCUCGAAGGAGAGGGCUCAACAACACGGAUCGCGGAAAGUAGACCACCAUCUGUACAACUCCCGGUGGUUGGAUUGUUCUUGCAGGUGUCCGCGCAGGCUGACCGGGACGAGGCGGCACAGCAGCUGCAGCACCGCCGGCCGUGGGUGCUGGAUCGUGCGAAUCGCAAAGAGCGGAGACAUCAGUCGAAACAAGCACAGACACUGGCAGUUGUUCCACGUGUCCGACUUCUACGCGAGGAGAAGAAUUUCAAUUUCUCGUCGUGUUGCAGCUGCAAAUCAAGCACGACGCUCUUCGCAAGUACCACUUCCACGCCUUUUUCAUCAGGGAAGUCAAAAAUAUCAUCUUCUUCCUACUUCGGAAGAACUAGAAGAACCUCAUUUGGGUCAACGUCAACACGAGGCGGUCGAGUACAAGAACUUCUACGCCGGCGACAACUACUAGUGCGGAGUCAACUACAGGAUGCCGAUCAAAAUCAACCGCGACGCAGAAAGCAUCGAGGAUGCCUUGCGCGUCUGCUGGACCAAAAGGGUGAGCGAGGAAAACCCCAACGCAGUAAACGCAAAGCAGUUCGCCGAGGUGCUCGCCGACACGCUGAAAAAGCUGCAGGUGGCCCCGCCGAACCAGGAGUGGUACGCGCAGGCGUUUCGGAACUUCGAUCUGGAUAAGGACGGGUGGAUCAUUCAGGAGGACGUGGUGGACAUCGCGGUGCAGUACGUGAAUGCGUACCUGCAACUGAACCAAUCCUCCAAGACCACCUCGAAGGCGGUUUCCGGCGCGGGGUCCAAAUUAUCAAAUGUAAAAAUGUCUGGGUCUGGAAGAGUCAUGCUGUUUUUGCAUGACACAGAAGGUCUGGCAUGGAAGCUCUAGCAUCACAGGUUUUGAGAACCUUCCGCAAUGCCGAAUCCGCAUGACAAGUUGCCUAUUUUGCUGGCAAAAAGUGGGAGCUUUUGCUACGUAUGCAUGAGAGACUUUUCUGUGUUCUGAAAUACGCAUUACAAGUUGCAUUCUUCCAGACCCAGACAUUUUUACAUUUGAUACAAAUACCAGGCAAACCAGUCCCAGUUCGCGUCCACCUCCGGUAUGGGGGCGACUGGGCAAGUCACCGUAAAAAAAUCAAAAUUUUUUUGCAUUUAUGAAAUAAUCGUAUCUAAAACCACCACCAUGCCGUGCGGUUUCGCGUUUCCAAAACUAACAGGUGGCGUGGGCGUCUCCGGAACCACCUGUCGAUGGUGAUAAAUAUGGAAUUCCAAACUAGCUAGAAGCUCGAGCUUGAGCUAGGUAGCUAAGGCCUAUUCUAGGCAUAGAUAAGAUGUCUGCAAACAGCCUCAAAUCGAAGGCCAAAUAGGAGGCGACUGCAGGGCAACUCGCGGCCCGGCUGUCGCGGGGUGACCCCGUUCCGGAGUAUCUGGAGAACGGUGGAACCGGCGGAAUCAAGAAGAUGCCGAAGGAACAUAUUUGAUUUUUUGAAAAAAUGGCGACUCGCGAUGGUAUGGUGAGUUUUUACUAACCCGCGUGGCAGGCUUCCUCUCGGAGGUCAUUUCGUGACCUCGUUUAGGACCUCACUUUUGCAAGCUAUUCACGAUGGUGCGAUGGAUUUCAUUUGAGGUGCAAAAUGAGGUCUCGCCGCACCUCAUUUUUCGACGAGUUGAACGAUCCGCAAAAAAAACAUCUGUUUUGAGAGCUUCCACAUGUUGCAGGACAAACCAAAAAGUGCGCCACUUUUAGGCAUUUCGCUUGCUUCCUCGGUUGGUGCCAGGUGGUGCAGGGACCUCUACACCGCCCGACGCGACAGCCGGGCCGCCAAAUGCCUACCAAUCACCAUGCAAGCCAGCUGCUUUUAUUGCGUUAAGCCAGCACCUUUUGAAUGCAUUUCACAUCCUUAAACUAGCUAGCUCAAGUUGGAGCUUCUAGCUAGUUCUCAUUUGGAUACUCUUCAGCGUAGCUCACCUGACGACGUCGGUUCCGGAGCAGCGAAGUAGGUGGCGAAUCGAGGUCGUUUUCGUGAUUAUUUAGGUGGCCAUUUCUUAAAUGAAAAAAAAUUUUGAUUUUUUUACGGUGACUUGCCCAGUUCGCGUCCACCUCGGGCACUUUAGGGAUUGCAAAUAUGUCUGGGUCUGGAAGGUUGCAACUUGUCAUGCGAAAUCUCGAUCACCAAAAAAUUUGUGUUGCAUGAAAGCCAAAAACCACCCACUUCUUGCCAGGCAAAAAGCGAAUUUCUCAUGCAGGAUGGGCAUGAGGAAGGCGAAGGUCUAGCGCAAUCUGUGAUGCUUCUGCGAGCAUUCCAGACCAUGUGUGUGGUCCGCAAGAUACAUGACAAGUCUCGCAUUCUUCCAGACCCAGACAGUUUUGCAUUUGAUACACUUCCAGAAACAACAAGGACGCUGGCGGGGACUUCCGCCCCUUCCAAACGUGGCUGAAGGACAUGUGCUGGAAAUCGUUUUGCUUUGUGGACUCGGAGAGCACGGGGAAGAUAAAUCGCUCGCAGAUGAAAACGGCGAUGACCAUGGUGUUCGAGCAGCUCCAGAACGUCACCAUGCCGCCGGACAAUUGGUUCACCGAUGCGUUCACGAAUUUUGACACCGACCGCGACGGAUAUUUGACGUUUGACGAACUAGUGGAAAUCCUGGACCAGUACUGUGAGGCGCUGCGCAAGGGGGGUGUGAAGGUACAACGGAAGCCGGACGGCGGUGGCAAGGGCGGGGCCAAGGACAAAAACUCGAUCGACAACAAACUGUGCGUAGCGGCGAAAGCGCUACUGGCGCAGACGGACCCGAAUAACACUGGAAGGUACAACGGAUGUAUGGCUGCGUUGAAAUGUUUUUUCUGUGGUAGUGAUAGAUUCUUGUGCUUCUACAACUCGGACUUAUUCAUCAAGUAUUGCAGGAGCGGCUGUACCAGAAAAAGAAUGUACUAUAUGAAUGAAUUCUUUCCAAACGCUCCUCAGGGUUUCUGUGGAACAGAAUGUGGAGCUGAUCAAGAAGCUUUGGAAGGCCGUCCCGGACAUGGGGCGGCAGCCCUCGACCCGGUGGUGUCGGGAAGUAUUGCAAGGAAAAAUCCCCCCUCCCCAUAUCAAAACGAAAUUUCUGAUGCUGGAUUUGUGUACACAAAUCAGCUUCGUAUUGCAGGAAGGCAUUGCGGCCAGAUCCCCAGGCUAGGUAGGGCCGUAUUGGUCUAGUUGUUCAGCAUGGCAAACGGCUCCCCUUUAAGCCGGACAGCAUGACAAACCGCUUCCAUAAUGGGCCGGACGCUUCUGCCCUUGUCGUCUUGCAAGACACAUGUGAUUUGUGACCUCAAAUCAGCGACACAAAUUUUCGCAAACAUAGCUUUUCAAUAUGGGGAGGGGGGACUUUUCAUUUUGAUAGGAAGCGUUUACGAACUUCGACGUGAAGAAGGCCGGCUACAUCUCCGUCGAAUCCUGGUGCGAAAUCGUGCGGCAGUAUGCCUGGUGGAAGCUGAAAACCUGGCCGGAGGGCUUCAACUACAAGAAUAUCCAGGAGGCACAGGGCAGUCUGAAUCUGACCUCGGGCCCGAAGCCGCACCCUAAGCCCAAACCUACUAGCAACAAGAAACCUGGUGCCAACAAGCCAGUAGGUCCGGGAACGAGUAGCGCCGGCGGUGGGAUCAUGGAAGCCGUACACAUGGUGGGGCACAUCGUUGUGCCAACCUACAGUGGGAAAUUGAAAGUGUUCGACGACUACGAGUUUCUGGAGAAAAAGGGUGAGGGUGCGUUCGGGAAGGUACGCAACAAGUAAGACCUACGUGCGACAUACGCCAAGACAGAGAAUAACCACGACAAAAGUUGUUGUAUUUUGUUGAUUUGCUGGUGAUCCUAAUCCUGUUGUAGAAGCGAAAGCAAGAACUGCGCAUGAUACAAAAUCUGAUUAUUUUAGGUCAUGACUGUGCGCCACAACCGCACCGGGAUUAUGCGCGCGUGCAAGUCCAUCGCGUUGAAGAGCAAGGACCAGACAAAGCUGGUAGAAACCGAGAUCGAACUCAUGAAACAGUUGGACCACCCCAAUAUUCUAUCAACUGUAAAAAUGUCUGGGUCUGGAAGAAUGGAAGGCUUGUCAUGCUUGUCUGGCAUGACCCAUGAUGCUUGUAAUGCAUGACCCAGCAUCACAGAUUUUUGGAAAGCUUCCUGAUGCCAUUUCCGCAUGACAAGUGCCCUCCUCGCGUAGCACAAAUGUGGCUCCUCUUGCUGGUCAUGCAAUACAGAUUUUUUUAGAGUCCAAAGUUAGCAUCACAAGUUCCAACUUUCCAGACCCAGACACUUUUACACUUGAUACAUUCUACGCCUGUACGAAACCUACUACGACGGUGACACGAGCAUCUACCUCGUCACAGAGCUUUGUAACGGAGGCAGUUUGUUCGAUCGGUAUAACUAGAAGUACAGGCUGAACUGCCAGGCUAGCUGGUGGUCGUGAUUCUUGCGAUAAAGCGCCUCUCAAGAUUAUAUCAGUUGCAAGUAGUUACUACGAAUUUGUUGUUUCGGCACGUGCACAUGCCGAAAACCAUUCAUUCCAGGUUGAUCUACCACAUGAAGACGCUAAAGCGACCGAUGUCCGAGCGACAGUCCGGGAGGUAUAUUCAGCAAAUCAUGCAGGCUCUGGCCUACUGCCACAGCAUGGGGAUAAUCCAUCGCGAUGUCAAGCCGGAUAACGUUCUCUUCGUCAACCGAAAAGCAGACAGCGCCGUCAAAGUGAUCGACUUUGGUCUAUUGCAAUGAAAAAUGCCCCCACGCCCGAACCUGGGAGCAUUUGUAUUGCAAAACUUUCUAAAUGAAACAUUCGCCCUCUUGCAUCUAUCAGCAUCACAGGUUUCCAAUCGUGAAUAGCAAAAAUCUGUAUUGCAAAAGACCCCAGCAAUGGCGGCGCUUGUCAUGCAAACGAUGCGAUACACGCCUAGACUCUGCAUCAGAAAGAUUCAUACUCCUUUCAUGCAUGACAGAAAGUUUUCAUUUGGAAACUUCGCAUCACAAAUUUUUGCAACUUUGGGGGUGGGGGCAUUUUUCACUGUAAUAUGGUCUCUCAGACUUUAUGAAAAAAAUUGAACAGGCGGCGAAGACGGUACCAUUUUGGGUUCGCAUUCUUAUCUUUUUCAUCUGCGAAAGCGCUUUUUCUUUUUGUGUUUGUCCAGAAUUACCGCAAAUAUGAAAUAUUCCGUUUCUCCUUUGCACCGCGAAAAAAAAACUACACAAAGCAUUGACCAAGCUCCGUUGACGCCCGCAUAGUAGGUACUACGUACAGAUACAACAAGUCAGACAUCAACUGAAACGAAAAUUGAAGGUGAAAAUCAACAAAGACAAAGAGAAGAUCGCGGACGGCAUCCGGCGGUCCCUCGGUAUUGCCGUCCCGGGCGCGACCGACCCGCUUUUGCGAAAAGUGAUGCCGAAGGCCGGGACGCCCCACUACAUGCCCCCAGAGAUGCACCACAAGGCCUGGUACGACGAGAAAGCGGACGUGUUCGCCUGCGGCGUGAUGUUGUACCAGAUGUUGACUGGCAUCCACCCGUUUUUUAUCCCAGGGAAAGACAACGCCGAGACGGCGAAACAGAAAAUCGUCAUCUGCAAGGUCGACUACCCAUCAGAAGCGUGGAACGCAAUCUCACCGCUGGCAAAACAGCUUACGCAAGGUAGGAAAAGAACACUGGUGCGCUGGUUGUGAAUAAAAUUCGUUCAUUCUAUUGCUGUUCUUGAUAUGCGAUAGUUAAUCGUUAUUUACCUCGAUUUGCAAUUGGCGUAGCGCGAUGAGUUUCUUCAGCCAUAGCAUCACUUUGUCUGUUGGGGUUGUACGGCGGCACGCAUGCAGUUUCAAAAUAUUUGCUUCUCAAGAACGACAUAUCAGCGAUGCUUGCCCAGGACCCAAAGGAGCGGCUUUCUUCCUUUGAAGCGCUGAAGCAUAAGUGGUUUGGCAGUUCUAAGAAGGUCACCACCGAACUCCGCGGGUCCGUCGUGGAAGGGUUGACGCACUUCCAGCAGCACAACAAAUUGAAGCAAGCGGUUUUGCGAUUGCUCGCGAAGGAGGUAGACGAGGAGGGGAUUGCGGAGUUGCGGGAGCAGUUCGUCGCCAUGGACACGGAUGGCGAUAUCAAAUGUAAAAAUGUCUGGGUCUGGAAGAUUGCCAGGUUUGUCAUGCACAUUUUGCAUGACUCCUGAUGUCUGUGAUGCAUGCCCUAGCGUCACAGAUUUUGUGAGGGCUUCCUGAUGCCUGUACCGCAUGACAAAUGCUCUUUCCGUGUAGCAAAACUUGGACUCUCUUUGCUGCUCAUGCAAUACAGAUUUUUUUAGAAUAGAAAAUCAGCAUGACAAGUUGGAUUCUUCCAGACCCAGACAAUUUUACAGUUGAUAGGCGACGGCAUCCUGCAGCUCGAGGAAGUGCUCCACGCAGCCGAGCAGUGCAAGCUGCACAUCUCGAAGAAAGAGCUCGAGCAAACGCUCUUCGCCUUACACGGCCCGCAGCUUGGGGAAGCGGCACUGGAGAUCGGACUGAACUACCGAGAUUUCAUAGCCAGUCUGCUGGAGAAGAAGGUACAACUGUUUCUUUGGGUACGUCCGGUCUACACCAUUCAUCUUCGGGCAGCUGCUACAAAUGUUGAGUGUGUUUUUACACACAGUGAAAGUCGUGCACUCAGUACAUGUUUUUAUCAAGAAAUUGCACCCCGGAAAAAAAGAUGAAGAUGCUGACAUUGACAUCACUAAUUCUCCAUCUACAGGUGACAAUCGAGCGUGGGCACUUGAUGGAGAUAUUUAAGCGGUUUGAGGACCCGAAGGAGCCAGGGUACAUCACGACAAAAAGUAUCAAGGACUCCAUGAAAACCCACAAGCGGGCAGACGGGCGGCGCUCCAUCACCGAAAGCGAGUUCAGUGCGGAGGACUUGCAAGAGGUGCUGGGACGGGACACCAAACUCAACUUCUCCACCUUCCUCCAGUUGUGCUAUGGUGGGCAAAUCUCGGACGCGCAAAAGGGAAAAUGAUGAGGCUGCGUGUUGCAUCGGCGUGCGUGUCCUCUUUGUUGAGCUUUGUAAAUAAGUAGUUUAAACCAAAAUCAAUAAAAAUAACUUGGGCGCUCGAGCCAGAGUUGAGUUUCUCUCUUUAGAUUGUUAAAUCACGUUUCGAUUCAAGAUACUGUUUACACUAUCGUUUCGACAUCAAAUAAGCUCCCAGACGAAGUUGCACUUCGUCAGGCAAAAAUCAUCCAAGAUGGGUCGUAGAGAUUUCCUUUUUUUUUCGAAAAGAAAGUAAGAAUUGAAAUUGCAUCAAAAAAGCGGUGUCAUGCUACGCGGAAAUGCGAGCGUAUUUUUUCGAAAGGAAAUAAAACAAUCAAACAAAGAUGCGACCGAUAGUGUAUUGCGGCGUUUAUUUGCAAAGAACAACGACGAGCUGCUAUACACCAGCUGGCGGCUUCGUUGCUGUUUCAUCCUCCUAACGGGCACGGGCAGAGGCAGACUGCACAAAUCUGUUGCAGCGCAGUUUUUGUUGACCACUACUUCAUAGAAGUGCAUCCUUGCAGCACAAUGAUCGACGAAGAACCAGCUUUAACAUCCGUUUCUGUGCCCUGCGGCAAGGAACGCAUUUUGGUUCCCGUUUCUUUCGUUCAGGUAUGAUCUGUUACUCUACUCGGCCGCAGCAACCUUCUGCGACACGAUCUGUUAAUAUUGUCGCCCAGUGGAACUACUUCUCGAGCUUUUACGCAGGCGGCGCUAGUGGCCGCAGAGAGAACCCAGAGAUCUCACUAUCAACAGGCGGGGAUCAAAAUCGAUACUGCGCGUUUGAUCAUAAUACUUUCAAUUUAGUAUUUCGCAUCGGCACAAUGAAGAAGCAUUGCUAAAGCGAUUGAUAUGCAUGGUUGAUGCUGCAUGAUGAUGCCGCGACGCACUUACGAUCUCUUUCUGGUCGAUAGUACAAGAUUGCAUCAACUAACUCUACUCGCAUGAGGUGACAUAGCAACUUUCUGUGGUCCGCAUCUUCAUCAUCGAUUACAUUCAAUUUUCAUCCGAAAAUCCAAAACACAGCAGGCGACUAUCAGUGAGACCUUCGGAGAUGAGGUAUUGGUACCAUUGUAUGGGUUUUAGUAUACACUGACUUGUAUUCUAACCGUGUACCCAUCCGAAGUUUUAUUACUAGGGUAGGAGUUUUAGUUUUUCUUUUUUUGUCUUGUGACAAGGACAAAGCAGCAGGAAGUAUCAUUCCAUGACUACCUUUUAUACGCAAAAAGGUCGACAUUGUGUCCGUGUCUUCACUAAAGUCGUAGCACACAUGUUUUGUGAUUUGCGUACUACACAUGUGUUUAGGGAAAUAUGAUCUGAAGAGCUUUUGUCUUCAUCAACUUUCCACCUGAAAUUCGCGUUUAUUUCAGCAAGCAGGAGAAGCAAUUUUCAUUUUGUGUGUGGCUCAGUCUUUAAUGGAAAAGAAGUACAAGAAAAAAAAAGACUCUACUUGUUUUGGCACGACGUUUAGUCACUCCUAUCUCGUCGAAUAAUAAAAGUCAAGGCGACUUCUUGCCUAUGGAAAAUAGCCCUACGAAGAAAGUUUAGUUGUAGAAAGAUAUUUGCUCCACAAGUGUUGCUUUUCGUAGCUUGUAGGAAGACGAAAUAGCAAUCGGUGCUACAAAAUUUAUUCGAAAAUUGUUGCUAGGCCACACGGGGCAAAAAAUUGCAGUCAAAUUGAAAUGGUUUAUUUCUUUCUUCCGAGUCUCAAUACUCAAAGCAAUAGCACUCACACUUACUCUACAUGGAUAUUAUUUGUUAGGUUUUCCAACUGAAGCCGACCAAAACACUACACUUUUACUCCUAGCGGCUUCGAGCAUUGCUGCUCCAGCAGUGCCUAUCGACAGCUAUUGCAAGCUAAGAGCACAAAAACGAAGACUACAGGAGCAAAGGUGUUUGGCGUUGGUUGGGGGAGACACCAGCAGCGAAAACGAGUAGACGACAUCGAGC